AUGGAAGGAAACCCUCACAUACCUUCGCGAGAACCAGAGCGUCUGUCUGACCGCGACGACGUAUCGCGUCUGAGUGAGGGUCUGGAACCGCUGCAUUUAGUUGGUCAGGACGAUACACCGCAAACUCCUAAUGCACCCGCCUCUGGUGGAAUUGACCCGCUUGGUAUACACGUGAAAGAUGCCAUAUCAACCAUCAGUCGGCUAGAGGGACUGGGCCUGCAGAUGUUAGAGAUCCCUUUGCCGAAGUGCAUUGUUUUGGGCGAGCAAUCCACCGGGAAAUCUUCGGUAAUUGAAGCAAUAUCAGGCAUCAAGACCCCUCGCUCGACCGAUACAUGCACUAGAUGCCCACUCUUCAUCAAGCUAGAACCUUCAGAGAACACUUGCGCCGGGUGGAGCGCAACAAUCAGUCUACGCCGAAGCUUUGGCUAUGACAGUAAAAAGGGUCGAGGACAUGAAGGACGAUUUCCAGGAUGGGUGCAAAUGCCCAAGCCUACCGAUACACACUUCGCAUCUACAGAAGACCCCCGCCAACUCGAAGAGCUAAUCGCACGCGCUCAAACGGCGAUUACAAAUCCUAUGAUGGACUAUAAGGAGUUCCUUAAAGCACCCAUCGGCGCGCUCGGAGACUAUCACAGCUGUGAAUUUAGCCCAAACGUCGUCUUCAUCGCAAUCUCACAUCCGGAUCUUCCUGCACUAAGCUUCUAUGACUUGCCAGGCAUUAUUGGUCAGGCAGAGUCUCCAGAGACAGGGUAUCUAGUUGACUUUGUUCACGAUCUAGUGACAGACUAUGUCAAGGAUCCAGAGGCCCUUAUCCUAGUGACUUGCUCAUUAGAGAACGACAUCGCGAACUCGACUGCUGGUGGAAUUGCGCGGAAGCUCAACGCCACAGAUCGGUGUAUUGGUGUGCUUACCAAACCGGACCGCUUACCAGCAGGAUCCCGCUACGAAAAGCUGAAGGCAGUGUUUGACCAACAGCGCUUCGCACUGGGACAUGGAUACUUCGUCGUCAAAAACCUGGACCAAGACGAAAUUAACCAAGGUCUCACCCAUCAGCAGGCUCGUAUUCGAGAGCAGGAGUUCUUCGCCGAAGGAGAGCCUUGGGCGACAGACUUUGUAGACUACGGCCAUCGCUUUGGUACUUUGAACCUACAACGCUUUCUUUCUGGAAAGCUCGCGGAGCAAAUUACUAAGAAACUCCCUAUAAUCGACCAAGAGAUCAAUGCCAGGCUUGAACAGGUACUCGCUGAUCUUCAGCAAUUUCCAGACCCACCAACUCACAAUGCUGCUCGGAUGAUCUCGGACGUCGUGCUCGAUUUCUCCCAAGAUGUACGUAGGGAGCUAGAGGCUGAGUUUCCUUGUAAGGCAUGGCGCAACAAUUGGAAGGCGCUACAGAAGUCAUUUUUCGACGCUCUGGCAAGUUUGAAGCCUACCAUGUCCACGCGCGGAGAUCGAGAUGCGACCGUCUACAUGGACGUGCUUGGAGCCCAACCUGGAAGCUCUGCCAGCAAGGCCAUUGCUGUUGAUGACGAUGAAGAAGAAGGGGAAGAUGAAGACGAUGCUCAUCUCAUCACACCAAUGAGCAGUAACCCCGAAACGCCCACGAAGAAGCGAAAGCUCGAGAGUCCAGGUCCCUUACCAGCGAAGACACCCAGCCGUCGACGUCUACCAAAUUCAGCGGCUCCAGGCUCAGACCUCAGUGAAUUCAGAAAGAACUUUCCUCUCGACCAGGUCACACAACACCUCGCAGAAAACUCGCAAAGCAAGGUACCAGGUCAGAUUGAGCCUCGUGUUGUUGACAAUAUGAUGCUCAAAACACUUAAACAUUGGGAGAAGCCGCUCAAUAACUUCUUCAACAUGCUUGAAGGUCAGAUUGCUAAUCAGAUCAAAGCAUUGUUCCACAAGCACUUCUCUAAAUAUGAGGGAUCGACUUUCUACCGAACUGCCUGGCAGAUUGUUGACCAGAUGGUAAGCCUUAACUUCAACCAGCAGCGCACUACAAUGGCCGACGAGAGUCUCAAUGACGAGAGGGAGGGACCUUACAUCUUUCAUGACGAGAUCUUCGAACAGGAAAAGGAAGCUAUUCUAGAUUGUUACCGCCAACAUCGAUUCAAGGCGCGCCUCAACAUCUACAAGCGUGAAAGGCACCAGCAGAUAGGUAGACCAGUCACUGCGCAAGAGGAAGAGAAGUUGAAGAAGGACGCUAGGGUAAUGGAGGUAUUAAACCAUGAGCCAUACGUGGUAGAGCUCAGUGUUGUGGCGCAAGUCACAACCUACUAUAUGCUAGCAGCGCGCCGUUUCCACGAUGCCGUCUGCAUGCGCAUUGAGUCCAAAUUCUUCAAGCAACUACGUACGCAGCUCCGUGAUGAGCUUGAGAACGGACUGGGUCUCAAUGACGGCAGCGAAGGUUAUAAUAACGCAGUUCGCCUCCUUGCUGAGUCACCCCAGCGCUACAACCAACGCAAGGAACUAGUCGGUCAGCGAGACUCGCUUCUACAAGGUCAAAAGAUCCUCCGAGACCUACAACAGAAGUACGCUGGCGACAACACCUCCUCCACCACCUCCGUUUCCAACGCCGGCUCUAGCACUUGCUACUCGAGUGCUUCCUUGGGCGGCGGCAUGAAUACUCCGCUGUCUGAAGAGAUGGAUGAUUGCGAUAUGACUGGGUUUCCGCGCCGCUGA